AUGGCAGGGCCUAGGCGUAGCACCCCCGGGCCCACGUGCAAGGUGUGGCGUCAUGCAUGCCUGCAGCUUGUAGCGCAGCCCCUUCUCACGCAUCCACGCAUGCUGUGCCCCGUCUCCCCUCCGUCUCUUCACCUGCGCCUCACCGUGAAUCAAUCGCCCAUCCCCUGUGCCUGUGUGCGCCCAUCCACCGGACUUGAGCGCCCGUCCCCCGUGCCUGUGUGCGCCCAUCCACUGGACUUAAGCGCCCAUCCCCCAUGCCUGUGUGCGCCCAUCCCCUGUCUGUGUGCACCCACCCCUCUGUCUGUGUGCGACCACCCCCCUGUCUCUGUGCGCCCACCCCUCUGUCUGUGUGCGCCCAUCCCCCUGUCUGUAUGCGCCCAUCCCCCUGUCUGUGUGCGCCCAUCCCCCUGUCUGUGUGCGCCCAUCCCCCUGUCUGUGUGCGCCCAUCCCCCUGUCUUGCGGCAGGAGGUGGAGUUGGAGCACAAGCUGCGCCACCUGCGCCACCAACUAGCGGAUGCACGCAACGGUCAGUGCCUUCACCCUCACCUGCCCCAUGCCUUCUCACCCUGCCACCACGCGUUAUCCCCCCGUGUCCUCACCCUGCCAUGCGCGCUAACCCCUCCCAGCGGAUGCACGCAACGGUCAGUGCCUUCGCCCUCAUCUGCCCCAUGCCUUCUCACCUUGCCACCACGCGUUAUCCCCCCGUGUCCUCACCCUGCCAUGCGCGCUAACCCCUCCCCCUCUUGCGCCAUAUAUGCAGCGCAGUGUUUGGCAGAGGCAUGUGCACAGGGCGCGCGGGAGGAGGGCAGUAGCGCCAUAGCCGUGCUGCACAGGCAGCUGGCGCGGGCGCUGCGGGCGGCGGCGGAGAGGGAGAGGGAGAAGGAGGAGGCGAUGCAGUGCGUGGACGGCGAGCUGGCGCGGCUGCAGGGGCAGGCGGACGCCGCCACGCAGCGCGAGGAUCUGGCAGCGGCGCUGAUCGACCGCCUGCUCGCUGAGAAGGAGGCCUUCAGAGGCGCGCUGCAUGCUGCACAAGAGGGCGCGCAUGGCAGCAUGGUGGCGAGCAGGGGCCGCGUGGAGCAGGAAUGCAGCAGAUUGCAGGCAGCAAAGGGCGAGGGUGGAGACGUGUGGGAAGGAAAGUCAGUGCAGCAGGUUCCAGGAGGAGUGGUGGGGCGAGAUAUUCUUCAAUGCAGAAAGUCACAAGCCCCACAUCCUGAUGACACUGGGCAUGGCCGUGGAGGUGGUGGUGCAGGGGGUGCAGAGGAAGCAAGGUGUGGCUGUGACGACCGGGGUGGAGCCGGUGGGGCGCAUGGUGGGCAGGCUGCGGCAGGUGCAGGGUGGUCAAGGGGAGCAGGGGGGGCAGAGGUGCAGACGGGCAGCAGGGAGUGGAGGGAGGGGGGUGCGUGUGAUGGUGCAUUUGAUCGGGGAGCGUGGCUGAGUGCGGUGGAGGGGGAAGAGCCUGAAGGCCCACCGGAGCAUUGGCGUGAGAGUGGUGGCAGUGAGCAGUGUGCCGCACACGCUGACUGCGCUUGCGGCGUGGAGGAGCAGUGUGGCGGCGAGUACGAGUCGACGUUCACGCUGCCGGUGCCCCGACAGGGCGCGUGGAGCCGCGCCAAGGAGGCGGCGGCACAGUACUAUGCAGGGAGUGCAUGCGAGGAGGGCGAGCAGGAGCAGCGGGAGAGGCAGCUGGAGGAGGUGCUGGCGGAGAACGCACGGCUGGAGGAGCAGCUCAGGGGGCUGCUCCCCGCUGCCCUGUGCGAGCGCGGCAGCUCCCAAGCUGCAAAGGGGGCAGAUGGCUAUGAGAGCAUGGUGGAGGCGGGUGGUGAGCAGCGCGUGCCAGUGGUGGCGACGGUGUCCACCAGCAGCUCAGGACGGGCCGGCAUGUGUCGUAGGAGCAGGAGCAGGGGGCGCAUGCACGGUGGCAGUGAGGCGAGCGGAGAGGAAGAGGAGUGGCCAGCGGUGGGGCUGAAGGAGCUGCAGGCGAGGCGGGACGCGCUGCUGAUCGCCAUGCAUGGGCUGAGGGAGCGCGCAGCGCUGGCUGCAGAGAUGGGGCUGCGAGCGGCAGCGGUGAUGGGGCGCAAGGGCAAAGACAAGCGUGGAGAGAUGAGGGAGAUGCUGGCAGCCGUGGAGGGUGAGGCAGACAAUGCGUGUGUGCUGAUUAAACGCACAGAGAGGGUGGUGGCCCAGAUGGCAGCACUUGAGCGAUGGGGAAAGGUCCUGGAACGCAAGUUGGAGAGCAAGCGGCUCCAACUAGUCCAUUUGGAGAAUAAGUUUCACCUGGCUCCUAAACCAGCUGGUGUUAAGAAUCCCGGAGCUGCUCCGUCGCCCAGCGGCACUGCUAACCCGAAGUCUUUCGACACUGCGAAUCCCGCCGCCGGGGCCCGCACCGACGCCAGCGCGGGCGGAGUCUGCGCUGCCCGCGGAAGCGACGUGGCGCGGAACGAGCGGAAGGAGCGGAGGGAGCGGAUAGAGUCGCUGGGAUGGCUGACGGAAUCGGCGCUGAUGCCGAAGAAGCAGCGCGUUAUCGAGGGCGUGAGCGCGGGCAGCCUGGUGUCGCUGCGCGCCGAGCUGUACAAGAGCCAGGAGGACGCCAAGCGCGCCAAGGAGGAAGGCGGCGCGGAGCCGCGGGUUAGGCGCGCGGGAGCCGGAGCGGAAGGGGGGCCCGGGGACCUGUUUGGGGGGAGAAACGCGGGGGUUGAAGAACGCGCGCAUAGGUGGGGCUGGCGCGUCUUAUGGUCUCCCGAUCCCCCCUUCCCCACCCUUCCCCUCGUCUCUCACCCGUUCCCCUCAUUCGCCCCCUCCCAGAGGCGCACUGCAGCGAAGGGCGCCGAGCGACGGGGCAAUCUCCCCUCCCUCCCCUCCCCUCUUCCUGACGCCACCUCAGAUAUCUACGCUCCCACUCUCCCCGCCUCUUCCCUCGCCGACCCCCUUUCCCCAUCCCCCCGCACCAGGGACGCGCUGCAGUGGAAGGCGGAGAGGGACGUGGCGGGGCACCUGGAGCGCAAGGCAGCCAUCUACGCGCGCCUGGCCAGGGGGGAGCGCGCCGAGGGGGAGGGGGCGGAUUGGGCGGGCGUGGAGGAGAAGUACAGCGUUGACUUCCUGAGGCGGGGCACGCUGGAGGAGGAGAGGCAGGAGAUGGAGCGCGAGAGGCUGGGAGAGGCGGCGCUGCUGCUGGGGGGGCCAGAGGGGGAUGGGGGAGAUGGAGGGAGGGAUGGGGGCGGAGCAGCAGGUGUGGUUGCAGGAGGGGGAAUGGCUUCCACACAGAGGGAGCUGAUCAGAGAGGUGAUAGAGGAGACGCGGACAGCACGGGAGAGAGCAGCGCUGCUGAAGGCCAAGAGGCAGCAGCAGGCAGAGCAGAAGAGGGAGAAGCUUCGUGCUGCCUUCCUCAAGCAGCAGCUGCUGAAGGAGAAGGCGAAGAAAAAGGAUUCAAAACAGGCAGGAGGGAAGAAUGGGGGUGGGGAAGGAGGACACGCAUAA